CGCUUUGCCUUCCCUUCCCUUCCGCAGGCGGGAGGCAGCACCGGGCUCCUGAUGGACUUGGCAGCCAAUGAAAAGGCCGUUCAUGCAGACUUUUUUAAUGAUUUCGAAGACCUCUUUGAUGACGAUGACGUCCAGUGAGCCCGGUCGGCCGUGCCCGGGGCCAGCCUCUGACUCUGCUGUGGCGGGUCUCCUCGGGGGACAGUCACGCAUGGUUCUGAAGAACUGGCGGAGAUCACUGAGGUUAGCGGACGGGCAGCCGAGGAGGCCAAGGCUGGCGAUAACUACCUGGGUGAGGCCUGUGCGUCUCGGGACGUGACAGUCUUGGUCCUUCCUUCAAUUAAAGAACCACGUCAUCACUCGCA